AGUAUGCACUAACAUAAGUGUAUGGAAAGUUGACCACUUGAUUUGCAUACCAAUUUUUUUCCUAUUUUGAUCCUACGGUCCAGAUCAGAAGUAGAAAAAACCUGCAUUCUAAAUUCCCAAAUCGACAACAGUCAGAUGUGGUUUUCCGUUAGAUUCUGUGAUCAAAUGGAUCCCUUAUAUUGCUCACUCCAACCAAUAUUCCAUUCGAGAAACCAAUUAUAGAGCGCCACGUUCUCUUCUUUCAUUGGCAGUGAUAAUCCAUUGUAAAAACGAAACGCGUAUAUUUAUAGACAUCACCAAGCACACGAAGCUGUUCGGCUGGUUUGCUUUGUUUCUCUGCGGCUCAUUCUAAACUUCAUUUUUUUGUUCCUUUUUUUUUUUUUUUUGUGGCUUGCACUUGAAAAACAGAUUCAAACAAAGAAAACUCAAGAUUUUUUUUCUCUUUUUCUUUCUGAACCAGAAAGCAAAAUUUCAACAUGGAAGAGAACAGAGAGGCUUUGAUAGACCAGCACAACAAGUUAAUGCGGUGCGUUUCGCAUGCGCAAGACGAGUUGCAGAGCUUUCGAUCGUACCUACGCUGGAUGUGUGUAGACCAAUCGAAUGUUUGGAGGACAUGUCUAUCUUGGUCCAUGUUCAUUCUCUUCGCGAUCGUCGUUCCGGCCAUCUCUCAUUUCAUGUUGGCAUGUGCCAGCUGCGACAGCAAGCACGAAAGGCCAUACGACGGGGUUGUGCAGUUGUCUCUGAGCAGCGUCGCGACGCUGUCGUUUAUUUGCCUUUCUAACUUCGUUAGGAAAUAUGGCCUUCGGAGGUUCUUGUUCUUCGAUAAGCUCUGGGAUGAGAGUGAGACUGUCCGAAAGGGAUACACUGAACAGCUUAAUAGAUCAUUGAAGAUCCACUCAGUCAUUGUGCUUCCAUGCGUUCUAGCCGAGGCUGCAUACAAGAUAUGGUGGUACGCCUCAGGAGCCUCCCAAAUCCCCUUCCUAGGCAAUGUCAUUGUAAGUGACACCGUAGCAUGCGUCAUGGAGAUCUGCUCUUGGCUCUAUCGGGCGACUGUCAUUUUCCUCGUUUGCGUUCUCUUCCGUCUGAUUUGCCACCUCCAGAUCCUCCGUCUUCAAGAUUUCGCUAAUGUUUUCCAAGAUGACUCUGAUGUGGGGUCAGUGCUUUCUGAGCACCUUAGGAUCAGAAGACAUCUGCGAAUUAUAAGCCAUCGGUUCCGCGCCUUCAUAUUGUGGUCCCUGAUCUUGGUCACAGGAAGUCAAUUUGCUUCUUUGCUUAUCUCAACCAAAGCCAACGCUGACCUUAAUAUUUUCAAGGCAGGAGAACUUGCGCUAUGCUCUAUGACUCUUGUUGCUGCGCUGCUUCUCCUACUCCGAAGUGCAACAAAAAUCACACACAAAGCACAAGCGAUCACGUGCCUUGCUGCCAAGUGGCAUGUCUGUGCCACGUUGGAUUCUUUUGAAGCAGGUGACGGUGAGACCCCCAGGACUCCUGCUGGACGUGGCCAAGUGUUCCCUUCGGUGGGUACAGAUGGAGAAACGGAGGGUGACGAUGAAACCGAAGAAGAUGACUUGGACAACACUAAGUUGAUCCCGGCCUAUGCUUAUAGUACCAUCUCUUUCCAAAAAAGACAAGCUCUAGUGGCGUAUUUUGAGAAUAACAGAGCUGGAGUUACGGUGUUUGGAUUUACUUUGGAUAGGACUACACUGCACAGCAUAUUUGGUGUAGAGUUUGCAUUGGUCCUCUGGUUGCUUGGAAAGACAAUUGGUAUUUCUUGAGAAAGUACAUAGUCGAUCCACAUUGUUCUUCCAAACUUCCAAUUGUCUUGUUUAAUUUUCAGGUCCUACUCAUCUUGUUCACAAGAAAAUCUUCACUAUUCCAGAAGUAAUUAGGCCCCAUAUUUUGUUUAGUGGGUAAUACUGGAAAUUUUUUUCCUGUAAAGAUUAGGACCAUAUUAAGAGAGCGCACGAUACAUAGAUGUAUCGCAAAGGAGACGUAUUUAUGAUUUUUUUCAUUUUAUUUUAUUAUUUAUUUAUUUCGUUGUGUGGGUAUUUUAAGUUGAUGUAAUUAUACUAAUUGAGCAUACCUCUUGUGAAUUGUGGGUUCUCAUGCGCUUGCUCAUACAUAAUACUCCAUUCCAAGUGGAAUGUUGUUCUCUCA